CACAGGAAAGUAGAACUAUGGACUCCACACUUACACAAACGCACACACUUCCUUCUACCUGCCUCCGUGUGCCCAGCUCGCUUCUCGCUGUCUGACUCUGGGAUUAUCCACAAACCUCUUUAAAUGGAACGUUUAUUAUGAGCCCGGAGCAGGGAUUUUCCUCCCAAAACCACUUCCGUCUGUAUUCCCGACACAGAAUGACCCGCAGUGAUUGACCGGCCAUGGAGGUCCAGAAUAGUCUGUCUGCGUGUUGGCGGAGGUUUCUGGCGUGUUUCAAGAAGCCGGGUCAGUCUGCGGGGGAGAGCGGGUCUAAGGACAAAGUCAUCGCGGUGAUAGUGAACCCCGCAGCCGAGAGCAGCGUAGCGCCCGGCGCCGAGAGGAACAGCUGGCGGCCGGCGGACAACUCGGGGGAUUUUUACAUCGCCCUGUACGACUACUCCGCUCGCACCGAGGAGGACCUCAGCUUCCAAACCGAGGACAUCUUAGAGGCUCUAGACAAAAGUACUGGUGACUGGUGGUUUGCUAAAGCAGUCACCGGCUUGUCAGCCUCCAAAACGGGAUACAUCCCCGCCAACUAUGUGGCACCUGUGGAGAGUAUUGAUGCAGAACCAUGGUAUUUUCCCGACACUAAGCGCCAGGAUGCGGACAAGAUGCUGCUGGCUGGCGGGAACCGGCAUGGUGCCUUCCUCAUCAGAAACUCAGAGAGCCAGAAAGGAGAAUUCUCCCUCUCAGUGCUGGACAGCGGGAAGGUGAAGCAUUACAAGCUGAAAAGAAAGGAGAAUGGUCAAUACUUUGUGUCGACGACGAGAUGCUUUCAAACAAUUAAGGAGUUGGUGCAACAUUACUCCGGACAGGCAGAUGGCCUCUGUGUGCGUCUGGCUGAACCAUGCAAAAAGAUGGAGGCUCCACAAACUCAUGGUAUGUCCUACAACACAGUGGACCAAUGGGAAAUUGACCGCAAAUCCAUCAAGCUGCUGAGGAAGCUGGGAGCGGGUCAGUUUGGUGAAGUCUUCGAGGGCAUGUGGAACGAAACCACAGCAGUCGCAGUGAAGACCCUCAAACCUGGUACCAUGGAUCCCGACGACUUCCUGAGAGAGGCUCAGAUCAUGAAGAGGCUGCGGCAUGCCAAGCUGAUCCAGCUGUAUGCAGUCUGCACCAUGGAGGAGCCCAUCUACAUCAUCACAGAGCUGAUGAAGAACGGCAGCCUGCUUGAUUACCUCCAGAAGGAUAAAGGCACCACGCUAGCGAUCUCUGACCAGAUCGAGAUGGCUGCGCAAGUUGCAUCAGGUAUGGCGUUCCUGGAGUUGCAGAACUACAUCCACAGAGACCUGGCAGCCAGGAAUGUCUUGGUGGGCGAGAACAACCUCUGCAAGAUUGCCGACUUUGGCCUCGCCAGGGUCUUCAUGAAAGAGAAUGAGAAUGUGUACGAAGCCAGAGAGGGCACAAAGUUUCCAGUGAAGUGGACCGCUCCAGAGGCUAUUCAUGACAACAAGUUCACUAUAAAAUCUGAUGUGUGGUCCUUUGGAGUUUUGCUGUAUGAGAUCAUGACAUUUGGCCAAAUGCCGUACCCAGCCAUGACCAACUACCAAGUGGUCCAGCGGAUUCCCCAGGGCUACAGGAUGCAGUGCCCCCCACACUGCCCCAAAAUCAUGUACGACAUCAUGAUGGACUGCUGGAAGGAGAAUGAACAGGACCGGCCCACGUUCGAGACCUUGCAAUGGAGGCUGGAGGAUUACUUCGACCUGGAUGUGACCUCGUAUGACGAUGCCAGCCGUUAUUAGCAAACCAACAUGUCUGGGACACAUUUGAGCAAAACGUCAACAAAAAACUGAAUGCUGCAAAACAAAAUCAUACUCGUAUGGAGACAAAUCUGGAGCUCCACUAAAAGUUUCAUGAAGUUACUCAUUGAAAUAUUAUAUAAAAUUCCUCUUGUUGCACACAGUUGAGGGAUCUAAAAGUGUGAUAUGCAUGUGUUAAAAUACUGUGACUGUAACUGGCUCACAGUGAGGAAGCUGUGUCUUCCAAGUGUGUUUAGUUUCGACACUCCUGGCCUCGCUUUGCGUGACAAAGGAAUGCACUUUCAGACAUUGAGCCUAACUCUAAGUUAGUCCUCAAAUAGAAGAGACCAUUUGCAGCAUAAUCUGUCCAUCUGGAUGAACCUGUUCGUCUUGCACUCAGCAUAGCUCACAUUGUUUCCGCCUGCAGAGCUUUACUGGAAGCUACUAGAGAGAGUGACUAAUAGUCACUCAGUCUGUUGUACUUUGAGUCUUAGAUAGUGAGGUGAGUCGCAGGUGCUGUCAUUUCAGCUCACUUGUGGCUGCAUAUGUAUUGCGUGCAACCAAGUUGAUCUUUUUAUUCCAAUGUAGGCAACUGGAAUUGGCCCUGGCAGCCAAUUACAGCCCCACUUAAUGAAAGCACAUUACCAAUCUCUUUAUUGACAAAGUACAAAAAAUGGCUUCAUUCUGUUCCAUUACAUAAUAUAACUUCCUCUCUUGAAGCUCUUCUAUUUUGGUUACAAGAGAAGUAGAAGCUAAAGGACACUGGCAGGUUUUUAUGAAGCCCUGCAGGUGCAUGGGUGGAGGAAAAUGAAUGCAGACAAAUGAUUGGAGCAUAAACUUAGUAGCAGUUUUCAUAUCACUACAUAGUCAAUGUUAACAGCUUUUUACUUUAAUUUAUUAGGCUACAUCCACAUUACUACACUUUUGUUUGAAAAUGCGUGAACUCUGCUAUGGAUACACCUGGCAUCCAAGUUUUGAAGCCAUGCUAGCCCCGUUUUAGUUUGAAAACUCCAGGGCUAUAUUUUAGUCCGAGAUGUUUGGAAACAACCAGUUGCUGUUUGGGUCAUUUUGGUCACGAUGUAGGCUUCACUGAUUUGUCAGGGUCCUAUCACAUGACCCUGUUCCAAAAGAAAUAUUAGCCUAAGCUAGACUGAGUGUAGAACACAACAUGAAUCCUAAAUUACAAGCAUUGCUGACACUGUUGUGCAUUUGAAUUCUGGAUUUUACAAGGAUACAACUUGUUACAUGGUAGGAUACGUAUCUUUUGGUAUGCUAGUAUCGACAGUGAUUAAAGCUGAUACGGAGCCAAAACGCUUGUGAGGACAGAGAUAAUACUAUUUUGAAAAUGCUGUUUUCAAAUGAGAAAGUAGUAGUGUGGAUGUAGCUUAAAAGGAACAACACGAGUUCAGCAUCAGAAUUAAUUCCUUACUGCCAAAGAAACCCCAAUGUUAACUCUUAUCACUUCUUUGCUUCUAUCGAAGUUAGCAUCCUAACCAGCUAGCCACGCCCCGUCUUUGUGAGAGUGAGUCAGUGCAGCAUUCAGUCUGUACUGAAUUAGUUGUGACCAUCACCACGACAUGCUCCUGGUAAGAAACCACAAGUGGCAACGCGAAAACAAAUCUCCCACAGGUAAUUUCAGCAUUUUGAGACAUUUUUAAGCUGCAUUUAUAUAUUUUUUUUUUCUAUUACUUGUGGCCAUUGCACAUUAUUAAACAAAGGCGAUGCGAAGAACAUGUUAGUAAUUUCAUAAUCAGCAUAUAGAACAACAUAAGCAUUCAUUUUCAGUAGAGUUUGUAUCCUUUUAGCUCUGUUUUGGGUCUACUUAAAUCCCUGAGAAUUAUCUGACUCUUUUAACUCCCUAAUUUUUCCACUUUAGCUCUACAGCUUGUGACCGAAACAAUGAGGUCAAUCUAAAGGGGAGAUAAAGACUGAAGAAUUAUCUGUAGGUUGAACAACUUUAGCAUUAAACGAAGUAAUGUUAAGGGAUGUCAAAUUAAAUCCUUAGUUUUCCAUAAAAAAUUGAAACAAAAGUAUGUUAGGUUUUUCCUUGUACGACAUUGACCUAAGCACUCGAUUGUUAAACCGUGGCCACAGAGACUGAAUUGGUAGGUUGUUGUGUCUUCUCUGGUCAGGUAGGGGGUGCCCCAGCAUCAUGUUAGUGGCCUUCUAGCAGUCAUGUUUCAGUAAUGAGAUGCCUAAAAGAACGAAAACCAUUUUCUUACUAUCCAUGUCCCUUCAACAUGUGUUUUGAUGUAAGGCUGAAUAUUGUUUAUCCUAUUGAUAGUUUUGGUUGCUAUCAGUUAGCCACACGUUUAUCACAGUGUAACCAAAUGUUAAUUUAUUGCGAAAGAAACAGUGAGAGUUGGAUGAUAUAAUUUACUGUAAAUGAGCUGCUUAGAAGUUCAGAUGUUGGAUGGAGAUGCAUUGAUAUAAUUCAUAUUUUGCCCAUCAAACAUUGUCGUCAGACCCCCCCCCCCUUAAAAAUAUGUUAAGGAUAGCCUAACAUGAUGUUCUUUAAAAUUGUGGCAAAGGUUCUUAUUUUAAUUGCACUGAGCAAUUUGUUUUUUUUCCUCCUAGACACUGUUUUGGCCACAGUUUUUGGUAGUCCAGGGUGUGUAUGGUGCCCUCAUGCUACUACACCUUAAGCCAAAGAACUCUAAUCUUUCUGCUUUUAUGAUCUAUCACGCUCAGUCAAAUGUUUUUUUAGUCAUACUCAUGUGGGACCUACAGUGUAAUGGCAUAGUGACUGAACUAUGCAACACUGGAUCUAUCCCUCUUUUUUUACUGAUUCAGUUUGAAAUGUAGAGCUGCUCUCAGAUCUGUGGCAACAAUCUUUCUAAGAACAACGUGUUGUUCGAUGUCUGACACAUUAACUUCAGUUGUUGUUCCAGCCAUCACCAUGCUCUAAUGAUUUUGUCUUCAGUGUCAUGAACGCCAUCCCUUUAAUUGUAUGUUGUAACCAGGCCAGUGUUUAUAUAUGAUCAUACUGUAUUUUAAUGUAAUUAUCCUUUUUAUUUUUAUCACAAAUAAAUGAUUUAUAUUUA